GUGCAUCAGCUUAAGAGUGGCACUGGAGAGGGAAUGCAGUGAGCCAGAGGUGGAGAAGAGGGCUCAGAGAAAACACAAGGGGGUGAAUGAAAGCAAGAAGCAUAGAAAGAGAAGAACUGAAAGAAGAUCAGAGGGGUUUUUUUCUUAUUCAACAUAGUGGAAACUUCAUAUUAGAAAUGGCAAACACAGCAGGAGGAGAACUCAUGACUUUGCUCUUGUUCCUGAGUGCCAGCGUGCCAUGUUUUUCUGUGUAUAACAGUGGGGAGUGCUUCUUCAACACUAAAGGGAGCUGUGAAUAUAUGGGACAGGUGUAUGGGAUUGGAGAAAGCUGGAUAACCAGUGACUGUUACCAGUGUGUCUGCAUGGAACCUUUCGGAGUAGGAUGCUGUGACCAUAGGUCUAAUCCUGUGGAUUAUCCAGACUGGUGUCAGAUCAUCCGUAAACCUGACUCUUGCACGAGUGUUGCAGUGAUGAGAGCCAAUCACAAACUACCAUGUCUUUGGGGACGAGGACGUCUCAGACCAGCUGCAGGUCAGCCAUGGAAAUCUGACAAUGAUCCUAUAUUUUGAGUUGAGUUAUAAAAAAAAAAUCAUAUAUGUACAAGGAAUAUAGCAAUGAGUGAUUUGUAUUUUGAAUUCAACAAAUAAAGACCACACAUUUGAUUUCA